GGUGUUGAUUGAAAAUGCUGUCUUUUCAAAAUCAGGACAAUAUGUCAAGUUAGAAUCCAUACCUGAUAACAUUGGAAGUCAAGCGAUCUAUGGUAACAUCUCGAUUAAACAAUCUUUAAAUGAUACGUUCAUUGCUAAAACUAUUCAAUUUGAUGAUAUUCUUCCUGUUUUACAAAAGAAUCACGUACGUAGUGCUAUUAUGAAAGUUGACAUCGAGGGUUCUGAGCAUCUUCUUUGUGAGACGGGCCAUGCUGUUUUCGAGCAAUUCGACAUUCCUGUUAUUCAAAUGGAAUGGCAAUAUGUUCGUCGAUACAAAAAUCGAGCCGAGAUCGUUCUUAAUUUCUUCAAAAAACACCAUUAUAUUGCUACUCGAGAUAUUUGUCUGCAGCUCGAUGCAGCACAAGCCUUCCAAUCAUGGCCUAGUGAUGUAUAUUGGGUGAAAAUGAAUUCAUCAGUAUGUACAAGAGACUAA